AUGGCCGAAAAGUCAUUCACCUAUGCCGAAGUCUCGGCUCACACUACCAAGAAGGAUCUACACAUGGUCAUUCAUGACAAGGUCUAUGAUGUUUCUUCCUUCGUCGAUGAGCACCCAGGUGGUGAGGAGGUUCUCCUCGACGUCGGUGGUCAAGAUGCCACCGAGGCAUUUGAGGAUGUCGGCCACAGCGACGAGGCUCGUGAGAUUCUGGAGGGGUUGAAGAUUGGUGUUCUCAAGCGCCAGCCCGGCGACCCGGCCCCCAAAACUACCACCGCCUCUUCCUCUGGCUCCUCAUCCAACGCCAGCUCCGGCGGUCUCGGUCUCGGUCUUUACGCUUUCAUCUUGCUCGGUGCUGCUGCUGCUUAUGGUGCUUACCAAUACCUUCAAUUGAACUCUCAGAAGCAGUAAACUCUUUUUUGAUCUAAAGCGACAACAACGAAAUAUAAAUAAUGGAGAAGUUUUGAGAACUUACUUUGUUUUCUAAUGUGUUUCGAUUCCCUUAUCUGCUUCUUGUAGAGUGCCUCAGUGCGUGCUUGAGGGUUUCCCAGCUGGAUAGAGGAGAUGAUUUGAUGUGAUGUGAGAUGCCAAGAUAUGCAAUCUACAGUUCAUCACACAUGCUAAGAUUGCCUAUGUCCCGAGCUGGCAGACUCUUAUCCUCGUUAGACUAUUGAUUGAUAUUUGCUUGGCAAUGGACGAACCUUUUUCUCAAAUUGAUAUCUAUGACUGGUUGAUAGCCUCAAAUCCCUCUACAAUAUGUUAUACAAGUAUAUCACAUCU